AUGAUCUUGCUCUUGGUUUCUGUCACGAUGACAUCUGCACAGAUGACAUUCUCCGAUGGCUGGGGAAAACGAUCUUCUCCAUUGAAGCCAUUCUCAGCCGGGGACGACAGUAAGUUCGAUUGAGGGCAUCUUCUUAGACUAACCUCUUGUUUUAGGCGGAGUAAACUCCAAUCCCCUAUUAGACAAGUGUAACACCGAAUACUCACAAACCCUUGUUCAAUUGCACCACAGAAUCAUGGUAAGUUUUGCUAUAUGUAAGUAUUAACAAUCUACUAAUCCUUUCAGAAACUGUACGAUACCUACGAACAAUGCCAAACCCGCGCGCUGAAUGGAGUCGCAACACACCGUCAGCAGUAA